CAAUUAACAUUGAGAUAGGUUUUAUCUCAAGCUGAAAAGGCAAUUUUGCCAUUUGAAAUUUUGAUUCCUUGGGGUAACAUCAUAAACAUGGAAUAUAAGAAACUCACCCGUCCACAAAACGAAAAAAUAUUUUUGAAAUUCCUAGUAGUCGGUGACGACGCUGUUGGAAAAACUGCAAUUGUUAAGAGAUAUAUUUGUGAAAACUUUUCUUCAACAUACAAGAUAACGUUUGGUGCUGAAUUUUCAACCAAACAAGUCCUAUGGAAUGAUGAAACUGUAGUUAACAUUCAAUUUUGGGAUAUUGCUGGUCAAGAAAGAUAUGGAUAUAUAACAAGUGUUUACUACAGAAAUGCGGUUGGAUGUUUCAUUGUUUUUGAUAUCAGCAGAUACGAUUCAUUUGAAUCAGUUACCAAGUGGUUUGAAACGUUGAAGGAAAAAGUACUCAUAGAGACUACUGAGAAAAUUCCAGUCAUUCUUCUAGCGAACAAAUGGGACACUGGUAUUUACAGGGUUAGUGAUGAAGAAAUCACCAGGCUCUGUAAUAAACUUGGCCUUACAACUUGGUUUAAAACUUCAGCCCUGAAUAACUUGAAUAUAGAUGAGGCGGUUAACCGUUUAAUUGGAAGUUCGCUAGAUGUAUGGCAUAAAAUCAACAAAGACAGUAGACAAGAUAGCAUUGUUUUGCAUGAAAAGAAACCCCGUUCUUCAUGUUGUUCCAAAUGACGUUCAAAUCCUUUGUGAUAAAUUGAUGCAAAUACAUGUAAUAAUUUAUAAUAUCUAUAAAUAAA